AUGUUGGCUUCCCUGCAGAUCGGUGGGGAGCAGAUGCUAUCUGGAGGCGGGGGAGAAGAUGGCUCCAGCGGAGCGAACGAGCAGCGGCCGGCUUCAGCUGCAGCCUUUGCAGACGAAGGCGGCGACCCCCGCGCGGCCGCCGGCCCAAUGCUGCCUGCCUACUGGGGCGCUGCACAGGAGUCGCCGCCGCACCGGGCGCAAGAAGACGUGUCGCCAGACGUGUGGAAGUACCUCAGCGCGGACUCGCCGUCUAUCCUGCGUCUGCAGUGCCUCUGGUCCUACUUCGGCUUGCCCGCGCUGAGUCUGGCGGACAGCGUCGCCGACGUAGCCUCGAUUGCGGCGCAGACGGACGGGUUCCGCUCCGUCCUUCAAGUUUCCUCUCCCAUGCUGCACAAUCCCCACGUAGAAAGCGUGAAGGACAUCUACUUCGCGAAGGACUUCCGCGCCAUCGUCUUCACCGGCAUUCAGUAA